AUUUGCUCGCUCUCUUGUUCUAAUAAUCGCAAAUGGUUGCCUCCGCCAACCGCGUUAAGAUCGUCAAGAAGCGCACCAAGCGCUUCAUCCGCCACCAGUCGGACAAGUAUGCCUGCGUUGCCCAGUCGUGGCGCAAGCCCAAGGGUAUUGACAACGUUGUCCGUCGUCGCAUGCACGGCACCUACGUCAUGCCCAAGAUCGGCUACCGCAACAACCACAAGACCCGUCACCUCCUUCCCGACGGCUUCCGCAAGUUCACCGUUGCCAACCUGAAGGAGCUCGAGGUCCUCCUCUUGCACAACCGAACCUUCGCUGCCGAGAUCGCCCACAACGUCUCCAGCCGAAACCGCAAGGCCAUCGUUGAGCGUGCCGCCCAGCUCAACAUCAAGGUCCUCAACGCCAACGCCCGCCUGCGCACUGAGGCCAGCGAAUAAGCGCUGCCACCGUCCCCUUCCCCUCUCCACGAUCUUUUGCGAGACCUUUAAACAAGGAGUGGCAGGCUCUUCCCAGUUUGUUGCUCUGUUCUGUUGCUGCAGGAUUUUCGUUGUAAAAGCAAUGUAGCAAUUGAGCUCUUUAAUUCUUU